ACUACAUUUUGCUCCCUCCCCUCCCAGUGUCUCUCUGUCUCUGUUUCUGUUUCUCUCUCUCUUCCCCUUCUUUUCUUCUUCUUUUCAAGCGUUCGCAUAUAGAUAGAUCAAUUCGAAGAAAAACCCGUCAAAACCAAAAAAAAAAAAAAAAAUACAAUCCAAUCUGUUGAGCUUCCAUUUCUGCUCUCUCCUACUAUUUUUUUCGAUAUUUAAUAUUAUAUUUUUUCAAUAUAUACACAGAGAGACUCGUGCGUGUGUGUGGGGUAGGGGUAUUCGGCUGAGUGAAGAUGAGCGGUGGGGGGUAUAGGGUUCAAAUUCCAAACAGUGUGAGGAAGACGAUCCAGAACAUAAAGGAGAUCACGGGAAAUCACAGUGAGGAGGAGAUUUAUGCAAUGCUCAAGGAAUGUUCCAUGGAUCCCAAUGAGACAGCUCAAAGGCUUCUCUUUCAGGAUCCAUUUCAUGAGGUCAAAAGGAAGCGUGACAAGAGGAAGGAGAAUCUGAACAACCGAGAAUCAGCAGAAUCUCGUUGGAGAGCUACUACUCAAGUGCGGGGGAGUAGGGGUGGUCGGGCUAAUUUUUCACCGCGUCACACUUCAAAUGAUACUGGCAGUGGCGGUGGCAGGAAUUCUGGUGCAGAAAGGAGUGUGGGUCCUUUGCCAGUCUCACCAGAGACAGAAAGUAAAGAAGCGACUCUGUCAGCAAGCUCUGCUGCUAUUGUCGCCAAUGGUCCUACUGUUGUAGCUUCUGAAAGCACCGGUGUUGUGCACUCCACCAAUUUUGCAGCAGGAAAUGGUAUAAACCAACCUGAAAGGAUUUUAUCCACCACUGGCAUUAAUAAGUUGGAGAGUGCACUGCCGCCUGUUGAUGCAGAUAAAAGUCCCAGCAUUGCAUUUGGUACUGGGGAUAUGGGUGGGGAGCCUGUGGCAAAUUCGAGUAACUCCUCAUUGUUGAUGGCUUCAUCAUCUUCAUCAGCAGUUUGCUUCUCAUCUUCGGAUCCUGUUCUGGUUCCAACUAGUGAUUCAUGGCUCCCAGGUGCUGUUGGUGCAAUCAAACGGGAAGUGGGGAGCAAUCGAACUUCCGGUGAACAAAACUCAGUUGUCCCUGCUGAAACCAAAUUAGCUUCUGCUUCUGAAAUUGGCGGCACUUUGCAAGGGAAAAUGCCAAGCAGCAGAUUCCAGGGAGUUGGGAAGACUCCGAUGCUUGAGUCUUCUCAACCUUCAUCUUCCUCAACCCAUGGUGGCUCUUCUGGCAGUCGCCCUUCUUCUAAUUACAGUAAUCGUUCCCAAGCAAUAUUUGGUCCUCAAAAAGUUGGAUCUAAUAAGGAGUGGAAACCAAAGCCGACUGCCCCUGGUGUGGCUCAAGGGUCUGGAACAGGUGUUUCCUCUGAUGUUGCUAGUAUUUCCAUCAAAGCCAGGGCUCAGUCACUUGCUGUAAAUGUCCUUGAUUCUGAAGAGGCAACUUCAGAACUGCAGAAAAAGCUGGAGGAGUUACAUCUUCCACAGCAUCAACAUGUCAUAAUUCCAAACCACAUUCACGUCCCUGAAUCUGAAAGAACAAAGUUAAGUUUUGGAAGUUUUGAUGCUAGCUUUGGUGUAACGUCGAGCUUUGUAAGUGCUCAGCAGAGCUUUGUGAGUGCUCAGCAGAGCGAGAAAAGUUCAACGCCUCUGUCUGAAACUUCUCAUGGUCUUGAAGAACCUUUGGAGGAACAGGCUGCAAGCAGUCCAAAUGCAUUGGAAACUGCAGAGGAGGAGGGAGCGUAUCCUGAACAUCCACAGUCACCUUCGAAUAUACACAAUAAUUUUUCUGGCGAGGGAGAUGUUUCUUCCAGUGUGGUUCAAGAGUUUGAAGAAUCCAAGCAGGAGUCUGCAUUGUCUGGAGGCCAUCAAUAUUCUGUGGUCCAUACUUCUCCUAACUACAAUUAUGGCUUUAUGCCUCCAAUUAUAGGUAGUCAGGCUUCAGCAUUUGAAAACUCAGAGUCUCAAGCACGUGAUGUUUCUCGCUUCCCAAGCUUUGUAGUUCAGCAGCCAUUUGAUCCGACAAGUUACUAUGCCCAAUUUUAUCAAUCAGGUGCUGAUAGUGAUGGUCGUGUUUCUCCUUUCCCCACACCAGCAGUUUCAACCAAAUACAAUGGGAAUGUUGCAGUGUUGCCGCCACAAAAUUCUCAGUCGCCUCAAGAGGGUGGAAACUUAGUUUUGUCUGCGUCGGGUCCAACUCCUCUGGUGACUCAAGCUGCUGGUCUUAUGCAAAGUUCUUUAGCUGUGACUCAGCAACCACUCCCUGUCUUCCGCCCACCAGCUGGGUUGCAUAUAUCCCCUUAUCCUCCAAAUUGCAUUCCAUAUGGCCACUACUUCUCCCCGUUCUAUGUUCCAUCCCCAGGGAUCCACCAAUUCUUGAGCAAUGGUGGAUUUCCUCAGCAACCUCAAGCUGGCGGUGUAUAUACAGCUCCACCAGGAGCUGCCUCUGGGGUCAAAUAUCCUCUCCCACAAUACAAGUCUGCAACAAACAGUGGAAACUCAACCCAGAUUGGUGUGCCAAGUGGUUACGGACCAUACAGCUCCUCUCCAGCUGGUUAUAAUCCCAGUGCUGCUGCAACCGCUGGGAACUCUGCUUCUAACGAAGAUCUCGCAACAUCUCAGUUCAAGGAGAAUAAUGUCUACAACACUGGGCAGCAGAGUGAAGGUUCAGCCGUCUGGAUUGCUGGUCCUCCUGGUCGAGACAUAUCUAGCUUGCCGUCAACUCCCUUUUACAACCUUCCUCCUCAAGGUCAGCACAUGACUUUUGCUCCAUCACAGGCUGGCCACGGCCCAUUUACCGGCAUUUAUCACCCUGCACAAGCAGCAACAGCAGCAGGUGUUCACCCACUCCUACAACAGUCCCAGACCAUGGCCGGAGCUGUUGAUAUGGUGGGACCCACAGCCGGUGUUUAUCAACAGCCUCAACAUGCACAGAUUAAUUGGCCCGGUAACUACUGAUAAAGAGGGUUAGACUUUAUUUUUUCGUGAAUCAAGAAUAUAUAAGCUCAACUCCAACCUUGGGUUAUUUUUGGGAACUUGAACAAGUUUGAAAAGAUGAAAAGAUCAAGAAGAGCAACAUUGGCCUGAUUUGAGAGUGUAAAUUUAGGAAAGGAGAUGUGGAGAAUUUGCAGUUGGUAUCUUCUAAUUGUGCUUGAGUUGAGAGCACAAAAUGUGCAGUUCUCCUGUAACUGAAAUUGACCAUUUUAAGUUAGUUGGGUUAGCAAUGUGCAGGUCUCUCUUUCUUGCUGUUGCUAUAUGGUUUUACCAUCUUUUUUUAUAGUUUGACGCCACCUCCCCUUUUGUCUUUUUUUUUUCCCUAAGUUUGAACUCAUAGAAUUUACUGAAUGGGAGGACUUUUUUCAUUUUGAUCUUCGAGGCCUCCGGAAGGUAAGAUAUAGGUUGGUGGAGAAUUUUUCGAAUUCCUUAUUUCUUGUCUUUCUAUAAUCUUACCUGUAAAGUGAAUUUUGAUAGCAGGAAAAGGUUUUACUGAACUGUUCUAAUUGGUAUGAGCAAAAGCAAACUUUCCAAUUGUUUCAUUUA